ACUUUAGAAAAUUGUUUAAACAGCAAAAUCAGGGAGCAUUAGUAGGCCACCACUGCCCAUUGCACACACAAAAUCAUGACACCAGUCUUUUGAGAAGAGAAGGGAUUUAUUACUGGCCAGCGUGAGAUAGGAGGCUAUCAUUCAAAUUUGCUUUCCUGAUUAGGUCUUGGGGAAAGUUUGAUGGCUUAGGUGGGAGAAAGCUGGUAUGUGGAAAGGCUGAUGAGCCAAGUUGUGACUGGAGCAGCUUGGAAGCAGGCCAACAGGGUAUGACAGGGCAGCUCUAAGAAAGCAGGAAGUUAAACCAUCAGUCUCAUUGGUAAAGCAUAAGAGGGAUAUAACUUUAGGAAACUAAGGGGAAACCAUAACAAAAGAGCUUGGAGUUUGGGGCUUCAGGAGGCCCCGGGUAAAAGGGGAGCCCACAUGGGCAUCCCCUAUCAAGAAGGUCUAGGAAGGAAACGGAUAGAUGGCCAUUUUAUUAGGUCCAGCGGCUAUCUCUGCCUAUUUUCCAUGAAUAUUUAUGACAAGUAGUUUCCGGAAAUUUGGCAGAGUGUCUUCAGUAGAUGCUCCAUCGUUAGUUAACAAGGGGAGACCGAAGUGGUGAGAAAGCCCCAAUUAUCAGCAAGGCUGAAGCCCAGAGAGAGCUGGACACGGGAUUUUUAAAAUGGUCUAGAUCCCGGGGAAAGCGCGCAGAUCCGUUCCUGAGGUUUUUCCUUUACACGGACACAACAAUGAAAAGCAGCGCUCCGUGAAGAGAACCUGACUGCUCGCCCGCGUCCAACAGCUCCAGCGCUCUUCAGGUCUUCACGACCCACCGAGGAGCAGCCCAGGCCCGCCCUCGCUCUCCGUCGGGGAGCCGGUUUCGGAGCCCUGCUCCGCAGAGCGGGGCUAAACCACGCCCGGAACCCACAACCAAACGCAGGGUUUCCCGACGCCCGGGUGGGUGGGGUAGCGCCUGCCCGCGGUCACGUGCGCCCGCGGCUCUCUUCCGCUUCCGUAAGUUCCGGGUGCGACCGUCGCUUCGCUCCGGCCGGGAGCUGAAGGCGCUGGGUCCGUCGUUGCUUCUUAAGUCUUCAAGACUGCCACUGCCUUGUUCCCAGAGGGAUGGACACGAGUGUCCCCGGGUCUCCGUCCCCGGACGGGGUCCCGACAGAGCCACCGGACAGCCUGGAGGUCCGGGAACCGAUGCCUGGUGUAAGUGACACUUCUCCAGAUGAAGGGUUAAUAGAGGACCUGAGUGUAGAAGACAAAGCUGUGGAGCAGCUGGCAGAAGGAUUGCUUUCUCACUACUUGCCAGACCUGCAGAGAUCAAAACAAGCCCUCCAGGAGCUCACACAGAACCAGGUUGUAUUAUUAGACACACUGGAACAAGAGAUUUCAAAAUUUAAAGAAUGUCAUUCUAUGUUGGACAUUAAUGCUUUGUUCACUGAAGCUAAACACUAUCAUGCCAAGUUGGUGAAUAUAAGAAAAGAGAUGCUGAUGCUUCAUGAAAAGACAUCAAAGUUAAAAAAAAGAGCACUGAAACUGCAGCAGAAGAGGCAAAAAGAAGAGUUGGAAAGGGAGCAGCAGCGGGAGAAGGAAUUUGAGAGAGAGAAGCAGUUAACUGCCAGACCAGCCAAGAGGACGUGAAGAGUGGUGUUUGUGUGUUUUCUUCGCCUGUCCCUUAUUCUUUAGAUGUAAGAUGAGCAGAGUGUAGAGUCACAAGGUAGUGCCUUAAACCAUUGUGUUAUUUUGAAAUCCUUAUCCCAGGAUUGCUGUCUUCAUAUGUCCGUUUCAUCCAUUCAAGAAGCAUUUCUCUUUAGGUAGUAGAUGUAAUGUCACUGUUUUGAUCUUUUCAACUUUUGUUUUACUUCAUUUUAAAGUUUGUUAUUUUUGCCUUCAGUCAUUUGAAAACUGGGAAAAAAAUGGUUUGAUGUCAGAGUCUAGACUCUAAAUUGUUAAAAAUUUAGUAUGAAUUUUUUUAGCUUCUUGAAUGCAGAUUUUUUUCUUUGACUUUUGCUUGUUUUUUUUUUUUUUGUUUUGUUUUGUUUUGUUUUGUUUUUUGUUUUUUGAGUGCAGGUUUCAACAUUUCCAUUUCUUAUUUUAUGACCUGAUUUGCCUUUCUGGCAGGACAACAUUAAUUUUUGGUAAUUGCCUUUACUUUGCUUAGUUAAGAGAACAUAACAGUUGUUUAAUUGCGUACGCCCCUGGAAAAGAUGUGGUGUAAAGUUUUGAGAACAACAGAAUGCAAAAGUGUGUGCACAGGAAAUGACAGCAUCUUAUACGAGGAAGGGGAGCAGCGAGAUGCCAGAGGGAUUCCACUAACCACAUGCUCUGUGCCGUUUAGUGUUGAGCUUACAUAGCUUUUGUGUUCCAGGUAGACUAUAUGUGUUAAGUUUGGCAAGGAUGGUGGAGCUAUCACACACUCACAUGUGCUUAUGUGUUCACAGUGUUAGUAACAGUCAUAAUACACUGAAAGAGUUUCUUGUUUCAAAAAAAUUCUUAAGAUAGAAUCAUAUGUACCAACAGCCACUUUAUAGAUAAUAACAGGAAUGGUAGGAAAUUAGUAAAUUACUUCUCAAAAGCAGCAGCAGUUUUAGUGUUUUCUAGAAUAUUUCUUGGGUAUCAUAUUUGGAAAUUCAUAUGAGGGAAAUAUGUUUUAUUGCUUAAAACUGAGAGUGUAUUAUUCACAGUUUUAGUGUUAUUUAAAAUUCACCUGGUUUCCUAUCUGUAUUGAAAGUGCGUGAUUGGAAUGCAUAUCAUCUGUAACCCACAUUACAUUUUGGUGAGCUGGAAUCACUACCUCUGAUCAUAUACCAAUCAAGCUAAUAAUGGGGAAAGCUUUAGAUUUCAAUUCAGUUGCUAAGAACUGAUUUGUUUAAAGGCUUAGCUAAUUUGUUUGAAAGAGCCUUUCCCUUCUUUAAUGAAUGAAUUAUGGUCUCACAAUUCACUUGACUUUAACCUUAUACUGAAUAUAAAUAUAUUCGAAAAAGCUAAGUGUUGCCUCAAACACUUGUUACAGCUGCCUGGGGAAGGACUCACUAGAGCUUGCAGGACAAUGUCAUCUACACUGCUGAAUGUACUCCUUUCUAAUGUGAUAUCUAACAGACUAUGCAUUGCUUCUCAGAGUGGGUUUGGAGCAGCUGUAUUGUUUGUGUAACAUUCUCAUUCCUGGACACCACUCUCAAUCUGCUGAAGCAAAUCAAUGUUAAUGCCUCCUGCCCCUCUGACCCCCUGCCAUGAUUCUGAUGCAUCUUAAAAAUGAGAAUCACCAGCAUAGUAGUUAAGGUUAGGGUUUCCCACACUGGGCUGUGCCAUGUCACUGUCACCUUGGAAGUUUUGAAAAAUACAUUCUGGAUUCUUAUACUUUAGUUCUGAUGUGGAGCCUGUGUAUACAUUAAGGAGCUCCCCAGAUGAUUCUCACGUAAGGACCCACUGGUGUAGACUAUAGUGUUUUAUAUUUGUAAGUGGUGAGAGAGUUUAAAAGCUAUCCAGUAACUCUUGGAUUAAUCUUAUGAAAUACUGCUCUGCUGCUUUUGAUACAAUGUCAGAUUUAGGACUGAACUUUAGCAGGCAGGAAAUAAAUAUAGAAGUCUGGCUCAUUAAUUGAACUUUUGUAACCUAUGUUAAAAUAAAUCAUGUUUAUUGAAUGAAAGGUGAGGCACAUCUACUUUCAGAAUUGUAUUAUUUAAGUGUUUAAGACUUUUAAAAUGUCAAGAUGAAUAUAUGUUAGCAUUCACUACUUUAAGGUCAGUUGUAAAUCAUAAGUACUGUUAUCUUGGUAACUAAAAUAUAAAACAUAGCUGUAUUUCAGUAACACAGAGGCAUAUCCUGCAGCUAUAUUGGAAUGGAACCCAUUAGUUAGUCUUGCUGUGUUUUUGCAUGGGAGGCUUCUGUUUCCUGGUUGAAAAAAAAUCACUGUCUUGAAACUGUAUCAGCAUGUACUGAACUGAAAUGAUGGGAAUCCACUUUGUAUUUUCUCUGCAGUAAGUAUCAUGUAAAUAGACACUGAAUGUAAUAUAGAUUGUGUCCACAGUGAGUUUUUGAGUGGAUACAGUUUAUAAAUAUAUCAAUUAUAUACCUUCAUCUGUUUGUCUGAUUUUAAACUUGUAAAAUGGGAACUACUUUUUAUGCGUUUAAUUAAAAAGACCUCUUAAUUAUCUGG